AUGGAUGGUGACUACACUAUUGGGGGUGUUUUCUCCAUACACCGUUAUAUGCACACGGUGAUGCAUAACUACACCAUGAUGCCUGAGCCACUAAGGUGCACUGGGAGCAUUGACUCCCGUGAACUGCGCCUCUCACACACAAUGGUCUUCACCAUUGAGGAGAUUAACAACAGCACAGAGCUGCUGCCGGGCAUCAAACUCGGUUAUCAGAUCCACGACUCAUGUGCCUCAGUGCCUCUGGCAAUGCAUGUGACAUUCCAGCUUUCAAAUGGGCUGGACCCGGUGUUUUACACAAGAGAAGAGUGCUCACAAUCUGGUAUGGUGAUGGCUAUCGUCGGGGAGUCUGGGUCAACACAGUCAAUCAGCAUGUCACGUAUCAUCGGGGCUUUUAACAUCCCUCAAGUGAGCCACUUUGCCACGUGUGCAUGUCUGUCUGAUAAGCAACAGUACCCGAGUUUCUUCAGGACAAUCCCCAGUGAUCAGUUCCAGGCUGAUGCACUGGCCAAGCUGGUAAAACACUUCGGCUGGACGUGGAUAGGUGCUGUCCGGUCAGAUUCAGACUAUGGCAAUAAUGGCAUGGCAUCUUUCCUGGAUGCAGCACAAAAGGAGGGGAUCUGUGUGGAAUACUCUGUAUCUUUCUAUCGGACCCACCCACGUAGCAGGAUCCAGAGAGUAGCUGAAGUUAUCCGCAGGUCAACAUCUUUGGUUAUUGUGGCAUUUGCAGCCUCUGGAGACCUGAAGAUCUUGCUAGAGGAGCUCUCACGUAAGCCUUCUCCACCUCGCCAGUGGAUUGGCAGUGAGUCCUGGGUAACCAACCCAGACAUGCUGAAGUUCAGCGCCUGUGCUGGAGCCAUCGGAUUUGGCAUUCAGAAAUCUGUCAUCCCAGGUCUGAGAGAAUUCUUGCUUGGUCUUUCUCCCACUACAGUGGCUGCCUCUCCAUUGCUUACUGAGUUCUGGGAGGAUGCAUUCAACUGCAGGCUGGCAAAAAGUGCAGCCAUAGAUGAGAGAGUGUGUGAUGGAAAUGAGGACAUAAAGACGCUUCAGGACCCGUACACUGACACAUCUCAGCUCCGAAUCACUAACAUGGUUUACAAGGCUGUUUAUGCAAUAGCUCAUGCCAUUCAUAAUGAAGUGUGUCAGGACACAACUUUUACCGCUCAGUGUGACAAAUUCACCAGGAUAGAGUCAAAACAGGUUGUCUCUCAGCUGAAGAAAGUAAAUUUUUCCCAAAAUGGUUAUGAUGUGUCAUUUGAUGCCAAUGGAGAUCCUGUUGCCAGAUAUGAGCUGGUUAACUGGCAAAAAAGUGAGAGUGGCAGCAUUGAGAUGGUGACAGUAGGGCACUAUGAUGCAUCACUGCCAGAGGGUCAGGAGUUCAGCAUCAACAGGAUGCUCACCUGGGUGGAAGGUAGCACAGAAGUGCCUGUGUCAGUGUGCAGUGACAGCUGUCCUCCAGGAACUCGUAAAGUGCUACAGAAAGGAAAACCUGUCUGUUGUUAUGAUUGCACACCUUGUCCUGAGGGAGAGAUUAGCAAUGCUACAGAUUCCCCUGACUGUUCCCCUUGUCCCAAGGAGUUCUGGCCUAAUGCAGAGAGAGACACUUGUCUCCCAAAGCCUAUAGAGUUUCUAUCCUUUGACGAGGCCCUAGGAAUCAUCCUGGCUGCAUUCUCACUUGCUGGUGCCUUUCUGGCCAUCAUAACAGCAGCUGUGUUCUUUCGUCACAGAUCAUCCCCAAUUGUCAGGGCCAACAACUCCGAGCUGAGCUUCCUGCUGCUCUUCUCCCUGACUCUAUGUUUCUUAUGUUCUUUAACUUUCAUUGGAGCACCCUCUGAUUGGUCCUGCAUGCUGCGUCACACAGCAUUUGGGAUCACCUUCGUCCUCUGCAUCUCUUGUGUUCUUGGAAAAACUAUAGUGGUGUUAAUGGCCUUCAAAGCUACACUUCCAGGGAGUAAUGUCAUGAAAUGGUUUGGUCCUCCACAGCAAAGAAUGACUGUAGUAAUUUUCACAUUCAUUCAAGUUCUUAUAUGUAUCAUUUGGUUGCUUCUUCAUCCUCCUUUUCCAAUGAAGAACUUAACCAUUUUUAAGGAGAGAAUCAUCCUGGAGUGUGCAUUAGGAUCAUCUAUUGGGUUUUGGGUUGUACUUGGGUACAUAGGCCUACUAGCUGUCUUUUGCUUUGUGUUAGCUGUCCUAGCUCGGAAACUACCUGAUAAUUUUAAUGAAGCCAAGAUGAUCACCUUCAGCAUGCUGAUCUUUUGUGCAGUCUGGAUCACCUUUAUCCCAGCAUAUGUCAGCUCUCCUGGUAAAUUUACUGUGGCUGUGGAGAUAUUUGCAAUUCUGGCCUCCAGUUUUGGACUCAUACUGUGCAUCUUUGCUCCAAAGUGUUUCAUUAUAUUGUUUAAGCCAGAGAAGAACACCAAGAAACAUUUAAUGAACAAAAAUCAAUCCUGA